CCAUGAAUAUACUAAUAUCUGUGUAAUUUGUAAUUGCACUUGUACAGUUCAAGCUGCAUGCAACAUAUUUCCCGUUAUAUCAGUAGAUUAAUAACUGCAUUUUCUAUUUAUCAGGUGGAUUUAGGAAAACAGGUCCUAGAACAAUUACAAAACAGACUGGAACAGGCUUGCCAGCAACAGCCGUUGGACCUUGACAAUGUGGAGUUUAUCACUACAAGUGCAAUGACUCUGAUACUCUCCCUUUCAGCUCAUCUAAACUUUCCACUAUCGGUCACAGAAUGGUGAAAGGACGUCUGAGGGCACUGGGCCACAGAGUGCAGUGGACCAGAGUAUGGGACUCCAUGCACCGGGUAGACAGUGUAUGAAUACUUGAGAGAAUGGCAAAUCUUGGUUGCGUUGUCAGAAGGACAUACAGUGUUCCUGGUCCUCUGUCUCUUAUACACAUCGACACGAACCACAAGUUAAUCAGAUAUGGGAUUGUAAUGUUUGGUGGUGUUGAUGGCUUUUCAAGAAAGAUCCUGUACCUGAACACAGCUAACAACAACAAGGCAUCUACAGCUCUGGAGUUCUUCCUUAAAGCUGUAGAGAAUUACGGCUGUCCAUCUCGUGUGAGAGGAGAUCAAGGAGUUGAGAAUGUGGACGUUGCUCGAUACAUGUUUGAUGUUCGAGGCUGUGGAAGAGGCAGCUUUAUGUCUGGAAAAAGUGUCCACAACCAAAGGAUUGAGCGGCUGUGGCGGGAUGUUUGGAAUGUUGUGUCAAGCAUCUACUACGAUGUCCUUCAUGGCCUCGAGGAGGAUGGACUGCUGGAUCCAUCAAACUGCACAAACCUUUUUUGUGCACAGUAUGUGUUUUUACCCCGUAUCCAAGGAGAUCUGGAUGCAUUCACAGAGGGUUGGAACAACCAUUCGCUACGGACUGAGCAGAACUACACCCCAAAUCAGCUCUGGGAAAUUGGGAAGACUCAGAGUCCAGUCAGUCCUCCUGAAAAUCUUGAUGCCAGGUUUCUAGAUGGAGACGUUGCAGACAUGGACCAUGCUGGCAUUCAGAUCCCAGAGCUGGUGUCGCCCCUUAACCCUGAGCAGCUGGAAAUGCUGAGUCAGCUGUUCGACCCCAUGGCUCCGUCUUCUUGUUUUGGGGCAGACAUCUACAGCUCUGUUGUCCAGUAUGUAGAAAGUGUUGAAUCAUAA